UGCAGUGUUUACACCGCGGAAGACUCACGGCGCGUUUUUUGUGUUUUGUCUUCAAAAUUACAAAUGUACAGUUUUGGGCGGACAUGGACGCCGUGCAGCUGUUCCGGGAUCAGUUUAAUGCGCAGAGUGAAGCCGAGGCCAAAUGGUUAGAAGAGCUACUCCGCUUCGUCAGAGAGCACGUGUGGCCUCUGAUGUCUGGCCCCGACCCCGGCUGUCGGACAGCGGAGGAGGGUGUGUCUCGGCUGAGUGCGAGUGUGCUGAAGAGGAUACGGGGGAAGAUGUCCAGCACGCACACGCUGCCCGUCAGCUACAGGCUGGUGUGCGUCUCCGAGCUUCUCGCUCACCAGCGGCUGGCGUGCGUCAGUAACCUGUCGUGGAGCACCAAUCGGGAGCGGGCGGCGGCCGAGGAGGCGGCGGCGGUGGCAACGUCGCCGGGUCGGCGGGCACUACCCCGGGCGCACCUCCUGCUGAUCGGCCGCCUGACGCACGGCCAUGACGGAGAGUGGACGCUGACGGACGCCGGCGGCAGCGUCGUGUGUGAGGUUGUCUCGCCCUCACCUCUGUGGAUGGGUCGUCUCGUUUUCCUACCUCACUGGCACUACAUCCCCCACAGUGCCCCUGGGCAAGCGCAGCCUGAAGCGGGAGGCUACGUGGAGCUGAUUGGUUCUCCAGUUCUGCUGUGUCCUGGUUCUGUGCAGGGAUUGGCCGGCAGUCCUGUCACUGUCAAAGAGGCGGCGGCCUUAGUACACAACAGGGUGCGAGGACAGCGUUUGUCCAUCUGUGGGCAGGUGGCAUCCGUCUGCCCCCUGCUGGUCAUCUCAGGAACCUCCUUCUUCUUCUUUGCGUUGUCGGACGACACGCACACACUAUCCGUCCUGGUCAAAAACAGCAGCAGCCUAUGGUGGCCACAGUGCAUGUCUGUCGGCGAGUGUGUGCGCGUGACGGCGUUGCGCGUGUAUGGCCUAAUGCCGUGGGGAGGGAAAAGCAUCCUGUGUGCGACCGAACACUCCGAAAUCCACAAGACGCACGAUCAGCGGCGCACGGCGGCGGAGGACACGCUGCCGCCGACGGAGUCGCAGCCCGAGAGACACGACAUCCAAUCGGCCGACAGGCUCAAACAGUCCAGAGUCAUCAGUUACCAGGGAACGGUCACCGAGGUGGUGAGCGCGGGGGCGGGCCUGUACGUGAUGGACGGGAACCUGGGGCUGUGUCUGGCCUAUCAGCCGGAGGUGAAGAGGAAGCUCCGAGUCGGCGACGCGGUGGCGCUCCAUCACGUUCAUUUCCUGUACCGGCCCUGUCCCGACUUCCCUCCCAGCAUGCUUUGCACUUGCCUGCGCUCCACUGUGAGGGUGACAAAGUUUAGCGCGGUGCUGAACUCGCGCUCGGAGCCUGACCGCAACUGCCCCGACGACGGCGUGUUGCAGCGGUUACUGGUGGAGAAGAACCCGGACGUGUCCCGGUACCUGUGGACGUGCCACCUGUGCUCCCAGCUUCGACGCAGCCUGCUUCCCAGGGUGUCGCCGCAGUGCACGUGCCUGUUGUCUUGGAAACUGAUGGAGCUCGCGUUUGGACAAGGACAACGACACAGGCGAGACAUCUACACCGAGAUGUUGGACGAGCCGCACACUUGUCCGCUGACUCAGUACGUCAGCGACUCGGCGCAGCAUCAAUACGUCGGCCUGUCAGAGCUCCGCGAAUCCCUCCAGGAGGACUGUUGGGCGUCCUUGUCGCUCCGCUCGCUGCUCCCACCCGCUGGAGACGGUCUGACCCGAGCCCAGAUGAACGCCGCCCUGGCCUGGUCGAGCAGGACUUUGACGUCGGACCCCAGGCACGAGCUGCGGCCCGGAGACACGCUCAGACAGCGCCCCCUGCUGCUCGUGGGCGUGCUGGAGCUGCCGUCGCGCACCUCCCUUCAUACGCUGCAGCUGAGAGACCACACGGGAGCCAUCGCCUGCGUCGUCACGGAAACCAGCCAGGAAGAGGCGGGAGGCCAGCGAGCGGCUUUCAAUACGGCAUGGAUAGGUUGUCUCGUGUGUGUCCUGCAGUUCACUAUGGUAACGGAGCGAUUCCUCCAAUCGAAUUUCCCCUCCUACCAACACCUGGAUCAGCACAAGUUCAUCACACAUAAACACUCCAGCGUUUACCUCCAGUUCUCCCAGAAGAGCAUACACAUUUUGAGUCCGUCCGUUGCCAUGGAAACCCACCUGUGCUACAAAGAGGGGGAGUCAGGAGAAGAGGAGAAGGAAGUUAUGGCGAGGAAGAGACGACGAGAGGACGAGGGACCGGAGCCCUCGUCUUCCUCGGUUACCGCGACGACCUGCGUCUCGGUGGUCCUCAGGGUGCAGCAGAAGAACGGCGUGAUGUGGCGGGCGAACGAGGAGGCGUCGUUCUCCGUCACAGCGGCCGUGAUUGGGCCAGUGGCGACCUGGGACCGGGACCCCAAGAACGGGCCAAUGAAAGACUUUGAGGCAGGCAACGAGAAAAAGGUGACCGUGGUGUGUUCAGGUGCGUCGGCUCGUUGGUUUCCCUUCCUGCAGCCGGGAUGCUUCUACAGACUGGUGGCGAGCGGCAUGCGCGAUGCCGGCGUUCUGGCGGGCGAGUCCGCCCCUUGGCGGAGCCGGGACGUCACGCUGCCGGUGCGCUCGGACUGGACGUUUCACACGCUGACGCGGCCCCUCCUCGCGCGCGCUUGCGCACGGAGCGAGUGGGCGGCGCCGUUCACGCUGUCGCAAGUCCUGGACGGCAGUGCAGAUAUAGUGUGUUUUCAGGGUUUCGUCUCAGACCGGAUCAAUCUGAAUGAUAGGACAAAGGACACCGGACACACUAACAUUGGUCUGUCCCUCUCACACACUAACACACACACGUUAGACAAAAGAAAGCAGUUCGCCGACAGUGUGUGUGUGUGUGUGUGUGUGUGUGUAGGUGUGCGUCUCACAGUGUGUGACCAAAGUGGAAGGAGCAUCCAUGCCUUCCUGAACUUCAACCAUAACACAUACCCGCCUGGCAUGUUGCCGGGCAACACACUGCUGCUGUCUGCCUUCCGCAGGAGGGUGUCCAGGUCAGAACGUGUGUAUUGCAGUAACAUCGCAGUUAGCUCAGUGGCGGUGGUGCGGGUUCGGGACGCGAGGUCGGACGAGCGCCCGCCCGCUCCCAUCAUGCACCUGGCCCAGUGGACACAGCGCAGCUGCACCGUGGGCCGAGUUAAGGGGCACGUGGUGUGUUUCCUCUUCAUGCAGCUGCAGUGGAAAUGCUUUGAGUGUGAGAGUGUGUACACGCAGUCAGCUUGCGGUGGCCGUUGUCUCUCGUCCUCAGCUGUCUUUGACUGCACCGCCAAGUUGGUCAUGGAGGACGGCACAGGCCAGGCCCACGUGCACUUCGCGGGGGCGCUCGUCCGCCAGCUGCUGGCACUGAGCAGUCCCCAGUGGGAGGGGCUUCAAAGAGCACUGAAGGCCAGAGGCCACAUCCAAGUGUACCCUCGCGGGCGGAGCCAGGAGUGCGACGACGGGCUCCUUCUCUUCCUGUUGGCGUGCGUGCACGGCGUCAACGCGUUGUUUCUCACCUGCAGUAGAGAAAGCCACGGCAAAGAAGAGGUCAAAAGGUUACGCCGUGGCAAAAGAGACUUCCUGACCAGGAUAGCGCCGACCCUCAAGCUCACUUGUCUGCAAAUUCACUGAGCCAACAUUGUGUGUGUUUGUGUGCUCGGUCACCGUGGCAAGCAGCUGCCAUAACGGGAAGUCACGUGAUUUACUUCAAAUGUGAAAUAAAGUGAAGUGGAAGAAAAAAAAAAAA